AUGAGCAGCACACCCUACUCCCCCCUCGACGGGAUCAGCCAUCCUUACUACCCCCCCGACGCCACCGUCCCCUUUUACACAGCCAACACAACCCCCUUGCUCACAAUCCUCCUCUCCUUCGCGGGUCUCAUAUCCCUCUUCGUUUUGAUAUGUCUCACCUUCUCAAGAUAUGCCAACCCCAAGCUUCAGCAGUCCGAUCUAGCCGUGAUAGCCUGGUUC